AUGGACAAUCACCACCACCACAAUCAUCAUGAUGGCAUUGACAAGCGAUUACUAAAGAUAGAGGGUAUUGCCAGUGAGACUAGCAAACCAUUCCUUUGGAAACAGUUGGACAAGAACUUCAAUGCUGUCUUUGUCGACUACUUCAAGGGUGCUGGUCAGGCAAUACUUCGUUUCAAGACGGCAGAGGAGAGAGACAGUGCACACGAUCUGAUUACCAGUGGGAAAGUUAUCGUUGAUGGACAGACUCUCACUUCGGCAUCACUCACCGACCAUGAGUUCCGCACACAUAUGAACAAAUCCACUCGAUUCCAACACCACAAACAACAGCAGGAGGAGCAUGAUGCAAGAAUGCGAGAAGAGGAGCAAGAGUACAUUGCAAGGAAACAACAAAAGAACAAAGACAAAAGAAUGAAACUGAAAGAGAAGAAGGCAGCUGCAAAAAAGGCUACCACAGGAAGUGAGGACAACAACAACAAAGGCGGAGAAGUCGGCGGCAUGGAAAAUGGUGACUUGGUUAUAUACAAUGAAGAAGACAGUUCAGCACCAAUGGAGGUAAUGCCAACCACCACCACUUCUGCAACAUUGAAACGACCAAUCGAUGAUUCAGACAGAUCGAUGAUUAUUCAACAACAAUUAAAGCGCCCCAACAAUAUGUUAUGA